UUCUAGUGAUCGUCUGCAGCUUCUUGCUGCAGCUGAUUUUUAGCAGUCCACGUGCCGCCGAUGCCGUUCUCAAAAAGCACUCUUCAAGCCCACCGUCGCUUCAACGACACCGUCGCGGUCAAAGCCAACUUGCAGGUAUGUACACAUAGUGAUACUGUAAGAAUAUAGCCUUGCUCUUCGAGGCCUUUGAAACAGCCAACUGGAAAAACGUACUAAAAUGUAAGACACAGGCGGUGAAGCAAAGAGGGCCCAAGAACGUAGUCUACGAUCGGCCUAGCUCAAAGUUCUUUUACUAUCAUAAUUGCAUUUAUUUUUAUGUAUUAGUUUGAAUCUAAACAACGGGAGAUAGUAACAUGGUGUGUGUGUGUGUGUGUGUGUGUGUGUGUGUGUGUGUGUGUGUGUGUGUGUGUGUGUGUCAGUGUGUGUGUGUGUGUGUGUGUGUGUGUGUGUGUGUGUGUGUGUGUGUGUGUGUGUGUGUGUGUGUGUGUGUAAGUGUUAAGUUCAUUAAUAGUUACUGUGUUAGUGUCUUGAUUUUUGCUUCUGUUUUGUAUGUCCCAGAGGGAACCGCAGUAUUAGUGCAAAAAAAUAUUUUUAUUAUUUUUAUUUAUAAUCAUUAUUCUAACUAAAAUAGUUAGAAUUCUAGACUGUUGCGGACAACACUCAAACCGAGUCUAUUUGACGUAUUUCUCACGGCUAUUCCGGAUUGUGGUUUGCAAUCGGACGACAAAAGUUAAUUGAUGACGUAAGUUAGUGAUCACGGACUCAUCUCCGCUAGUUGAAACACUAAUUUUUGUGCACGUCAUUGAACGUCCAAUAUAUAAAAUAGGGAACAAACAGCCCAAAGAUUACAGCUAGCCGCUUACAGUGAAUUCAAAAACAUCAUGUUUCGAACACAAAUAUGGUUUUGCUAACGUCGAAGGAGAUUAGAAUACCAAGAGUUCUAGUAAUCGUUUGCAGCUGCUUGCUGCAGCUGUCUUUCAGCAGUCCACGUGCCACCAAUGCCGUUCUCAAAAUGGACUCUUCACGCCCACCGUCGCUUCAACGACACCGUCGCGGUCAAAGCCAACUUGCAGGUACUUGUUCUUUGUUUGCCUCAAAUCAGCAAGAAGUCAACGGCUUUCAAGUCAAGCACGUUAGAUUUGGAAGCAGUGAGUCCCUAACAUGCGAAUGCAACCUAGAACACGUCGACAUUGCUUGGAAGCUGCGCGAUUCGCCUAUUCCCGGAUCUCUAGUAGACAUCUCAUCGUACAACAGCUCAACACGAUCUCUCAGAGUAUCCGAGAUCACCGUGAAAAAAUUUGCCAAAGACAUGGAAGGAAUUCUUUGCUGCAGUCAGAGUAUUUCUGCGCCAUCGUGCGUGACUCUUUUAGUUGAUCAAUCUCCGCCGCCUGUUGUCUCAAUUGAUACGUUUCUUCCAGCAACGAAUGUUGCAGCGUCUGGUGAUGCUCGCACGGUGACCGUUUCGUGUGGUUUUCUCGCGUAUGGGGACUUCUACUCCCACGGUUACAUGGUGGUUUCUAUAAACGACGUGGGAUCGCUGAGUUACGAUCCGAACCCGAUCAUUCGCAAUGAGACGAAGUCGGGUGUCGCCGUCUGGCGAAUGCUCUUUCGUAUGAACGAAACGGUUCGAGAGGACGACGUACUGCAGUGUGGCUGGAUUCCGGUGGCGGGUGACACCGACAGAUUCGUGUCGCAGUCGGUUGUGAUCAAAUUCAAAAUCCAAACGCCUCAAGCCUUUCCAUCGUCCAACCUUGUUUACACAACGAUUCCAACUAGUAGGCCUUUGGCAACAACUUCCAGUACGUUUUCGAGCUUUGUUAAAUCCACACACGGCACAAUUUCAACAAAUGACCGUGAUGUCACGUCAACAGAAGUCCAAUCUGACGAACAACAGGUUGCUGCAAUAAUAAUAGUUGCCCCGGUUGUGGUAGCUGGUAUUCUACUAGUAACUUUGUUAGUUCUGCUUGGACUUUGGAUGAGGAGGAGAUACAAAUCGACUCGUUCUCGUGUUCCUACUGCGUGCAGCAACGAAGUGCAAUGCAGACGGCGAUGGUCAUUUAAAGCAAAGAAAACUGAAAUUCGUCGAAUUAUCGAUGACUGGCCAACUGACCUCGAGCAAAUUAACGAGUUGGCUUGUCGUCAAAAUAUGUUGGAUCUGUCAAGGAGUUUGGGCGACAGCUGGUGGAUGCUAGGUCUUCGUCUAGGCCUCAGUUAUGCAUGCCUCGAAAACAUAGUAUACAAACACCCUAGAAGUCAGGAGGAUCAAGGAUUCGAGAUGCUGUUACAGUGGACAAGACGUCAAGAAGCGACGAAAUCUAAGCUGUGCCAAGCUGUGGAGCAGUUACACACGUAUGAGACGUGCCACGCUUUCUUGACACAAGAGUGAGAAUUUGAGGACUCGUAGACAAUACACUUUUUGUUUUCCGUUGUGAUUGUUGCUGUCAUCAGUACUAGAAUUGGCGAUGAGAGUCUGCUGCAUGCAUCAUUGUACUGCAUCACUGUAUGAUUGUAUUAUGCAUUUUUGUACCGUACCUUACCUUACAUGUGUAGUCUAUUGACCGAUCAGACUCAACAACAAGUGUUCUGCAGGCUCACUAGCGCAA